AUGGAAACAGAGACCGGGUCUACUCCAUCACAUGAAGUUGAUUCCAAUGUAGUGGAGUCUAGCUUAAGAGUAAGGGAAAAGGUUGAUCCGGCUUGGGAACAUUUUAGCCUUGGGUUGGAUGAAAAGGGACUAAAUACUUUUACAUGUGUGUAUUAUAGGCAAACAUAUAAAGGUGGGGGUAUUAAUAGGAUGAAAAAACACCUUGCGGGGAUAAAAGGUGAUAUUGGAUCGUGUAAAAAAGUUUCUCAUGAUGUGAGAUACCAAAUGUUGGAAUAUGUGAAGGAGUUUGAGUUGAAGAAAAAAGCUGAGAAACAACGUCAAGAAGAAAUGUUUAGUGUGCCUUCCACAAAUAGUGAUAUGCAAGAAGAUGAUGAUGUUCAAGAAGUAUUUAGUAGUGGGUUGCCUAAAAAACCUGUUUUAGGUAAAAGAAAGGGUACAAAGCUAGUGGAUAAUUACUUUGCUCCAAGAACUACUCCAGGAGCUCAACCUGGUCUUAAAAGUGUGUUCCAAAGCAAAGAAAGGGUGAGGCAAGCUGAUAUGGCUAUUGCAAGGUUUCUGUAUGACAAUUGCAUUCCUUUUAAUGUAGUGAAUUCAGUGUACUACCAAAUGAUGAUUGAUGCCAUAGCUGCUGCUAGUCCCGGUUACAAAGGUCCAUCUUAUCAUGCUGUUCCGGUCCCUUUGUUGAGGGAUAAUAAGAAAGAAGUUCAGUUGUUGGUUGAGUCACAACGUAGGCAUUGGGCAGAAGUUGGAUGUACACUUAUGGCUGAUGGUUGGACAGAUACUAGACAUAGGUUAUUGAUUAAUUUCCUUGUUUAUUGUCCUAGGGGAAUGGUAUUUGUAAAAUCAGUUGAUGCCUCAGAUAUUGUGAAGAAUACCAGAAACUUGUUUAAAUUCUUUGAUGAAGUAGUUACAUGGGUUGGUCCAAAAAACAUAGUUCAUAUGGUUACUGAUAAUGCUUCCAAUUAUGUAUCUGUUGAUAAAUUGUUGUGUGAAAAGUAUAAAACUAUUAGUUGGUCUCCUUGUGCAGCACAUUGCCUGAAUCUUGUGUUGUAG